UUUGAUCGAGCGUUGUUUCCCAUAGUUUGUCAAGCGCCUGGAUGGUGACAGAAAUCGGAUUUGACACGAAGUAAAUUUUAUUUUAAACCUUUAAAAUGACGUCUCCAGGCAUCUUACCAUCGCACCAACGCUACCUUAAUGGCGUUCCGAUUCCCGUUGCCAGAAAGUCUCUGCGCAUGCGGGAGAAAUACAUCAUUGUGUUGGUAUUCUUAACUUUUGGGAUGGUGUGUUUUGGAGCAUUCUUUUUCUUACCAGAUCUCAGGGAUAGAGUUACUGUCACAGACAUUAGGCGUCAGAUGCAAAUGGGUGGUGAAGAGAUAUUUAAUCCAGGGCAUAAUGCCAUCCAUUUAGACAAUCACGGUGAUUUGAUUGAUGUUCACAAGAUAGAUGACAAGGCAAAAAUCGGCGCUAAAAUUGCGGAGGACUGGGCAAGACAGAAGGCUAUUGAGGAGCUUAGUAAUAAGCUUCAGAUGCCUAAAGAAGACACCUUGAAAGUGAAACAAGAGAUUGAGCAAGAAAAACAGAAACAUAAAGAGCAAGAACGUGUGAAAGAAAUGGCUAUUGAAGAAGAAAGAAAAAAGCAGGCACUUGAGCAAGUUCACAAGGAACAUGAAGGUGGUGAUGGAACUAAAGGUGGAGAACCAUCUGAUCCCGCAGUGAAACAGAAAAGGGAUAAAGUCAAAGAGAUGAUGAAACAUGCCUGGGACAACUACAAGAAGUAUGCAUGGGGAGAAAACGAAUUGAGACCAAUCUCCAAGAAGGGUCACAGUGCCAGCAUAUUUGGGUCGUCAAGUCUAGGAGCCACAAUCAUCGACGCUCUAGACACUCUGUACAUAAUGGGGAUGGACCAGGAGUUUAAAGACGGCAGAGACUGGGUGGCCACAAACUUCCACUUCGAAGGGUCAACAGAACUGUCCGUGUUUGAGACAAACAUCCGGUUUGUUGGUGGCCUGCUGGCUGCUUAUGCCCUUUCUGGUGACAAGAUGUUCAAAGAGAAGGCACUGAGUGUGGCUGACAAAUUACUGCCAGCGUUCAACACCCCUACUGGGAUACCAUAUGCCAUGAUUAACAUCAAGACGGGCAGCACCAGGAACUGGGGCUGGGCAUCAGGUGGCUCCUCCAUCCUGUCUGAGUUGGGCUCCAUGCACCUUGAGUGGGACUACCUGUCCAACGUCACCGGCAAUGGAGUGUUUGCUGAAAAGGUGUACAAGAUACGAAAUUUCAUGAAUGAGAUUGAGAAACCCAUGGGACUUUACCCCAACUAUAUCAAUCCAAAAACUGGCAAGUGGGGACAACACCAUACUGCUAUUGGUGCACUGGGGGACAGUUUCUAUGAAUACCUGCUCAAGAUGUGGAUACAGUCUGGCAAGACGGACCCUGUGAGCCGUAAGAUGUAUGACGAUGCUGUAGACGCCAUAGAGAAGAAUCUCAUCAAGACAUCACCUGGAGGCUUGAAGUACAUCGCUGAGUACAAGUCUGGCAGACUGGAGCAAAAACUGGACCAUCUUGGCUGUUUCAGUGGCGGCAUGUUUGCGCUGGGUUCUCAGGGCUCCUCAAAUCCACAGAAGUACGUCCAACUGGGAGCGGACAUCGCGCACACAUGUCACGAGUCCUACGACAGAUCAGCCACCAAGCUAGGCCCCGAGGCUUUCCGGUUUGAUGACGCCUCAGAGGCGAAGGCGGUGCGACAGAAUGAGAAGUACUACAUCCUGCGCCCAGAGGUGCUGGAGACCCACUUCUACAUGUGGCGGUUUACCAGGGAGCAAAAGUAUAGGGACUGGGCCUGGGAGGCAGUGCAGGCUCUAGAGAAGCAUUGUCGUACAGAUGGGGGCUACACAGGCAUCAGGGACGUAUAUCAGGAAAAUCCACAACAAGAUGACGUACAGCAAAGUUUCUUCCUAGCUGAAACACUGAAAUACUUAUACCUGAUAUUUUCCGAUGACAGCUUGCUCCCGCUAGACAAGUGGGUGUUCAACACGGAGGCUCAUCCAUUUCCCAUCAAUUAUGUUUUCAAGUCUAAUGGUGUGCCUGUGACAGUGCCAGUAUCUGCUCCCGUACCAGUAGCGGUACAAGCUAGUUGAUAAAUUAGUUCAUUAAGUAGAGGUGUUUGAAUUUAUUGUGAGAACAACAAUCUUUUGUUUUAAGUGCGGAGCUUUAUUUCAUUUUAUUUUGUUUAAGAAUUUUGCAACAAGAGGCAAAAUCAUAUGUCUUUCUUUUUGUCCAUCUAUUUUAUGUUGAAGUCAUAACAUAACAGAGUUUUUAAAAGCAGUGUGAGCACAAACCAUUAUAAACCAGUUUCAUAAAUAUUUAUCCAUUACAGAACUCUCAUACAAGCCAUGGAAAGUCUUGAAGAAAUUAACUUCUUCUAAAUACAUAUAGAUUUGAGUUGUUCAUAUUUGGCAUAGCACACACGGUUAAUCCCAUAUUCAUAUUAACUGUGGUAUGGCAUUGCAUAUGGUUUGGGGUAUUUUUCAUUUUAGUGGAUUUUUUUGAAUAUUUCUCUGCACAAAAAAUUAUAAUAAAUUUUCAGAAUAGUGCCACGUGUCAUAAUGACCAAAUGUGAGCGAAAUUGAUUUUCAAAAUGUUUGAAUGUUACUACUUUUUCUUUUUAAUCAUAAGAUAGUUUUUAUGAAAAUGUUGGUAUCCAUGUUAAACAUACAUAAGCACCACUGUCUUACGCUGGGCCCAAGUAGCUCAGUUGGUAGAGUGAUGGACUGGUAAUUGGGGUAUCAUGAGUCUGAAUCCCAGCCCACUACAGAACUUGUUGGAUCAUAGGUUAUGAAAGCUGGGCCCAAGUAGCUCAGUUGGUUGAGUGAUGGACUGGUUAUUGGGGUAUCAUGAGUCUGAAUCCCAGCCCACUUCAGAACUUGACAGGGCAUUGAUUAUGACAUUACUUCUAAAUCUUGUCUUCACCUACCUCUUAUUGAAGUAAGGGAGUUGUCAAUCACUGGCAUACGUAUGUGAACUAAGUAAUGGAAAAAAGCUUACCCCCCAUUCACACAAAGAUGCUGCUUAUACGAUCAAAGCGUGGCCGAAAACGUGGCAGAUCGUAACAUAUCGCAGGAGAAACCUAGAGGCGUCUUCAUAAGUGCGAUAUGAUUGCGGUAGAGUCUUCAGGAUCAGAGAGCUCUACGCUCUGGCCACGCUUAUUUUGAACAUGCUCAAAACAAGCGUAGCGGGAUCGUGGCCAACAAGAAGAAAAAGAAAAAGAGGCGAAAUGAAGACCAUAAUUUGCCAAAUUGUUCGAUUUAGACUCCGAUUGACCUUUUUCAGAUCGUGGCUUGAUCGGGUCGAUCGUCGUAAAGUCGCAGCUCUGCAAGAAAGGGGGGUUAGAUAUAAUAAGCUUGCGUAGGAAAACUAGAGAGGUUUACCUGAUUUACCAAGAAUAAUUCAAUGAAGCUGUGAAUUUUCCAACAACAAAAUCAAGAAUAAUGUUAUGUGUCCGUACACAAACAUCAAUUAUCAACCUUCAUUAUAUAUGUGUAAACAUUUAAAAACAGAAUAUGUUAAUAUAAAAUAAGAAAACUUGACAUGUGCUAUUUUGUUUUAAUUAUUUAUUGCUUGCAAAUUACAUAAUUGAUGUCCUAAAUACCAUAUCACUUUGUGAAUGCUUAUGUAUGCUUUUUAUGCCCCCUUUCAAAGAAAAGGGGGUAUAUAGUUUUCACACUGUCCGUCAGUCUGUCACACUUUUCGUAUCCGCUCUCUAAUUGUAAUAGUUUUCAUCCGAUCUUUACUAAACUUGGUCAGAAGUUGUAUCUAGACAAUAUCUAGUUCAAAUUUAAAUAUGGGUCAUGCCGGGUCAAAAACUAGGUCACGGGGUCACUUAGUGCAUUUCAAGGAUUUAGGUUUCGAAAAAUGCUCAUAACUUCUAUCAAAGCGUUUAUAGGGGGCAUAUAUGUCAUCCUAUGGUGACAGCUCUUGUUCAUGUUAUAUUGUGUGUGUUUUCUCAAAGGUAGUAUGUAUCAGUAAUCAACUUUAAGCUGUGAUUUGCAAUAAAGCAGUUCUCAAAUUAUUUUAAGUAUUGUUAUGCCCCCGGAUCGAAAGAUCGGGGGUAUAUUGUUUUUGGCCUGUCUGUCAUUGUAUGUGUGUGUGUGUGUGUGUGUCCCAAAACUUUAACCUUUUGCAAUGUUGAAGAUAGCAACUCGAUAUUUGGCAUGCAUGUGUAUCUCAUGGAGCUGCACAUUUUGAGUGGUGAAAGGUGAAGGUCAUCCUUCAAGGUCAAAGGUCAAAAAAACAAAGUCAAAAACUUUAACCAAAACUUUAACCCUCGUCAUAACUUUUGCAAUAUUGAAGAUAGCAACUCGAUAUUUGGCAUGCAUCUGUAUCUCAUGGAGCUGCAAAUUUUGAGUGGUGAAAGGUCAAGGUCAUCCUUCAAUGUCAAAGGUCAAAUUAAUGGCUUCAAAGCGGCACAAUAGGGGGCAUUGUGUUUCAGACAAACACAUCUCUUGUUAAUUUAGCUUUAUAUUAAAUCUGAUAUGGACAUUUAAAAAAUAAUGUGCCUGUUGUAUCAAUAAUCAGCAGAAAAACAGCUGUCAGCCAUUCAGAAACGAAUCAAUUAAUAUUACAUGUAUGGGUAGUUUUCAAAAGUAAUACACAUUUUUGAAACAUAUCUUCAAGAUUUAAAUGACCGUUAAUUAUUGGGGUUAUAUUCAAUUAAUUUUCUAAAAGGAAACCAAUAUAGAACAAGCGGCUUUGUUAACUUAAAUCAAUUGUAAGGAGAUUUAAAUCUUAUAAUUAAGUUUAUUUUAGAAAAUUAAUGCAAUGCCUUUCAUAUUCUAACAGCUGGCUCCCUUUUACUGACUGGAAGAUCCAAGGAAAACACAGUUUAUGAAUUUGCAAAAUUUAAAGUCAUAACUUCUUCAGGCAUUCUAUAGUUCGUCUUAUUCUGAAUUAGAACCCUUUAAAGCUGUUUAAAAAGGCAUUACUCUAGAAUUCACCCUUUUAGUGACCAGUUAAGUAAAUACACCUCCUUUUGUAUGUGAAGCUUUAAAAGGGUGUUUGCAAUACUAUGCAAACCUUAUGUUAUAUGAAACAUCAGAUUUGUUCAGCCUCAACAUCUAAACACACAUACACGAUGACAUAAAUAAUCCAUUACUUGUGUAUUUAAGCAUACAACUUAAAUUUGUUAAAUAUUUCAUCCCUACUUCAUUUUUAGCUUAAGCUUACUGUUUGUUUAAUGAUAUGUAUGCAAUUAUGCAUUCAGUAUUUUUGUGUGUUUGAGUUUGAAAUUUAUGUUUUCUGAAUUACAUGUAUAUCUGAUAUUUAUUCAUUAUUCUUUGUUGUCAUAGUACUGUAUCAUUGAAGCCAAUGCUUUCAAAAUAGUUUAUUAAUGUUUAGGAGAAUGAUUUACUUUUGUGAAAGGCUAUCUGAAAUGUUUAUAUACGAUCUAUUGAUUUCAAAAUAACCCGGUGAAUGGGACUUAAUUUAUUGAAAGGAGACAUCCUUUUUAAUUGACUUUCUUCCAUUUAAAAUCAAAGUGUAACGUUAACCAUUGUCCAGGUAUGUAUUUACCAACCAAUUCGUAGACUGAAAACUAAAAGAAAGAAUAUUGUUUAAACUGUAAUGUACUAUCACUACUAAAAAGUUACAUCUAGCAUUGCAUUCAACAUCCGUAAUUACAACAUGCUUUAUUGAGAAACGUUUGCUAAUCAAAGAAAUGCAACUAUUUGCGUUUACAUGUUAAAACUCUAACAGUGCUAUAUUUGGUUUCACCCUUUACCACUUAGUUACGUAUUUUGACGCUCUUGUAGUCCCUUAGAAAUUUAAAUUCAAUUAAAUACCUUUCUUACAAGAUUCAAGUUUUUAAAGUUUCAUUUCCAACCCUUAGAUACUGAUGAGCAACAAAUAGCAUAAAACCUUAACAGACUGCGAGUUACUCGCAGGCAGUUCUGGUUUUAUGCCGUUUGCACAUAGCCAUUUUCACUUCGCUUCUGAGAGGGUAACGAUUAAGUCUAUUUUUAUCCCCGGCCAAAGGCGUUGUCCUUCCAUCUGUCCGGCACUUUUGUGUCCGGAGCCAUAUCUUGGAAGUGCUUUUGGCCGAUUUCAUUGAAACUUGAUAUGAGUAUUUAUAUGGAUAUGACGAUGAUGCACCCCAUAUGGCAUUGUACACCAUCCGUUAAUAACGGAGUUAUGGCCCUUUGUAUCUUGAAAAAAUGCUUACAUCUGUGACAAAGCUCUAGUUUGGCGGGGGAUAUCAAUUCAACGAAUUUGCUUGUUUAUUCUUAAGUGUUAAAAUUGGUUGGUAAUACUGGCCCAUGUUGUUUUAAUUAACAUCACUUUGUCUUUUGUAAGUUUUUCAUAAACUCUUAAAUGAUUUCCUGUUCAGAAAAUGUAUUGUUGUUGUUGUCUAAGUUAAUUUCCAAUUGGCUGUACAGUUUCAUAUUAUUAUUUGCUUAUUUGCUGUGCAUUUUUAUUUGAAGCAAAUAUGUAGUUUCUUAACCAGUUUGCAGUAAGUAGAAUUUUAUGCAUUGACAAUUUAGUUUAUAUACCUGUUUUCAUUAGGUAGAAACUAUAGUUUAUGCAUUGACAAUCUUUUAUUUCUGUAAAUUUUUGGAAAUUCUUUUAUUUUAUAAUCUGGCUUCACAGCAACUUUCCCAAAUUAAUUUAAAAAUUGUUUUGUGUUUACACUUUUUGGCAUACACAAAUGACAGAUAUACAUAAAAUAAUUAAGGGCAAUAUAAUUCCCUUGAAAUUGUUGCUUUUAGUUUUAAGCUUAAAAGUGUUGAUGUUGAUUAGUAAAUCUAGUCUUUACAAUACUGCUCACAAAUUAUGGGCUACAUUAUUAUCAGUUCAGUAAAUAAGGUUAACUUUAAAUAUAAGCAUCGCAGCGGGAAAAUGGGGCAUAACAUGUGAACACGUAAAGUGCCUGUUGAAAAGUAUGUUGUGAAUAAUAUGGUGGUUGCACUUUAGUACCUGGUUAAAAUGUGCGUGUGUUUGUGUGUGUAAUUAUUAUUAUUGUGUAUGUCAUUUUAUCACAUGCCAUACCCUGUUUCCUAUGUAAUAUAACUGUUACGAAUAUUUUUAUCUUACACAUGUGUAAUAUACUUUUUAAGCGUUUUCAUUGGCUUAUUUUCGUUCGAUUAACUAAUUGCAUUUAAUUAUUUUUCUGAAAUGACGUUGCAACGUCAAAUGGCAUCACGAAAUGUAAUCAACAUUUGAAAUUUACUCAUUAUUUUUGCGUGAAUAUUUAUUUAAUUUGCUCAUUUAAAAGCAUGUGAUAAAAAGAUCUGACACUCGUUGUCAUUUCAUACCAUGUUUUUUUAAACUCGUCCAGGAAAUUCAUUAGUAAGCUCGCCAAAGGCUUGCUUACUAACAAAAUUCCUGAACUCGUUUAAUAAAAUAUGGUAUGACAUGACAACUCGUGCCAGAUCCUAUAUAUAUAUUUUAUUUGCAACAUUAACUGAGUUACCUGGUAACUGAUUUUUUUGUACAUUUAUUUCACAUUAAUUGUAAGUUUAUUCCCUUAUCCCUGACUGAUCAUAAAAUGUAAAGAAAGAUAACUCUUCCUUAAGAAAUUAUAAAAUUGUUGUUGUUAAAGAAGUUUGUAUUUUAUUAAAUCUAUAAAUAUUGUAAAAUAAUCAUGCUCUCUGAUCUUUUUUAUAUUAAGCCUUUUAAUGAAAACAGUUUGUUAGUUGCACGUGUUUCCAGGUGUCUUGUCUAGUUUAUUUGUCAUAAAUUACCAGAUUGUAAUCAUGUGUAGUGGCGAACAGAGCUGUUGAUACUUAUAAAUUUGUAAGUAACAAGUGUGAAAUGUUUGAUAGCGUGUUUGUGUUGUUUCUGUUUUUGGUCAGACAUAUGUGUGUAUGUAAGUGUAUUAAUUAGAGUAUGAGUAAACAUGGACACAAUAUAUAUUGAGGUAGUUAUUAUGCAACAACAUUAUGUUCCCAAAAUACUAAACAUAAAUAUUGGAAUAAUCAAACUCCAGAAAAAUAGCCAUGAUAGAAAUUCUGAUUUAAAUAAAGACACAAUUUUAAUAUUAUUUUGAAUAAAACAUGUAGAGAAUUUGUUUUUGUUUGAAUAUGACAAAUAUAUACAUGUAGUUGAACAAGUCUUAAAUAUUGAAGCAAUUAAUCUGAUUGUCAGAGAAAUUACCGUUAGUAUUAUGUAUAUAAUUCCACCUAAACAAUCACCAGUCAGGCAUGUGGUAGGAAGAAUCCGUUCGAUUCAAUACUUUGCUAAUUAUACAGUUAAUAAUUUAAAUACAGAUAUAUGUUUUAUUGGGAUUAAAAAUUAGUACAUGCAAAAAUCGCAUUUAAAUAUGUAUACAUUUUGGUAUCAACAACGAACAUGUCAAUUAUUUUCUUUAUAAUAUUAUUUAGAAAUUUAGUAGAAUAAAGGUAAAGGUGAUCAUAUAUUGAAUGAUUUUGUAAUGUUUCACCAGAAACACAUAGUUAUUACAAUAUGUGUAAAUAUUGUAUUUUUAGCUUGACUAUUAUAUAUGAAAUAUAUAUAGUGGAGCUAUCCUACUCACCCCGGCGUCGGCGUUCCGUUCCGUGCUGUUAGCGUGCAAAUGUUAAAGUUUUCGUACUACCCCAAUUAUUUUCAUUGUCCCUUGACAUAUUGCUUUCAUAUUUUGUAUACUUGUUAACCAACAUGACCCCAACCUAUAAACAAGAGCAGACAACUCUAUCAAGCAUUUUGUCAUAAUUAUGGCCCCUUGUCCACUUAGAAUAUGCAGCAAAUGUUUAAGUUUUCGUACUACCUUAUUUAUUUUCAUUUUCCCUUGACAUAUUGCUUUCAUAUUUUGCAAACUUGUUUACCAACAUCAUCCCAACCUAUAAACAAGAACAGACAACUCUAUCAAGCAUUUUGUCAUAAUUAUUGCCCCUUUUAUACUUAGAAUAUGCAUAUUAUUGAUAAAUCUAUGUUAAAGUUUGCGUACUACCCCAAAUAUUUCCUAUAUCCUUGACAUAUUGCUUUUAUAUGUUGCAUACUUGUUUACCAACAUGACCCCAACCUAUAAACAAGAGCAGACCACUGUAUCAAGCAUUUUGACAUAAUUAUGGCUCCUUUUACACUUAGAUAAUUGAACAUUUUGCUUAAAUUGCCAUAACUUCUUUAUUUAUGAUCACAUUUUAUUAUUACUUUGACAAAACAACACUAACCUGAAUACCACAAUGGAUUCCACCCAAACAAUACCCCACGCCCCUACCCAGAAUCUCUUCCCUCCCCUAAUCCCCCCCCCCCCCAAUUUUUUUUAACAUCAUCUUAUAAAUUACCUCACCCCAC